AUGGCACUAAAUAAUUUUCAUCUUAUACUUCUUGCUAGUCUUGUAGCUAUUUCAUUAACAUUAAUUAUAGUUGGUGGUUCAAUAUCAGCUUGGUGUGUAAAAGUAGGAAAUAAAUUUGAAUGUUAUUCAUUAUUUCAUUCAAAUGAUAAUUUUUCAUGUCUUUUCAAAUUAAUACCAACUGGUGUUAUAUUUUCUUUAAUACUUUCAUUAAUUAUGUUUAUGAUUUUAAUAUUGGUACAUCCAAAUAAAGAAUAUCAAUUUAUAACACGAUUUGUUAAUAUUCUUGUUUUAUCAAUUGCUAUUAUUUUAAUAAUGAUUGUAUUACUUCAAUGGUUUCAUCCACCUUCAGUUGCAUCUAAAACUAUUGUAAUUGCUACUGUAUCUGGUAAAACUGCUAAUAAUAGUGAAGAAAUAAAAUUUGCAACAAUAACAUCAAAACAUCCAUUUUAUCUUCCAGCAUUAGAAGCGCAACGACAAUCAGUUACAACUUAUCAAUAUAAUAUUAAUCAUGGACCGAAUUUAUUUUUUGCGUCAUUUAUUAUUCUUCUUAUUGCUUUACUUGCUUUUGUUAUUGUACAUCGAGUUCAAUUUAUUUGA